AGAGAACUGAAAAAAAAAGUCUUUUUCAACAUUAAAAAAAUAGUUUUUAUCAAAAUUCCGUCGUUUUCCUUAUAACAUUCACAUAAUUCACAAUUAUGCUAGUCAGUGAAAUUAAGGAGAAGUAUCCUCUUCAUUAUUUAGUAUGGAGAAAUGACUACGAAGAGCUGGAAAAGAUCUUAAAAGAAAAUAAACAUGAUAUAGAGGCAUUGGAUCCAAGAAAGAGAACUCCAUUAAUGCUAGCUGUUGUUUUAUCUCAUACUCAAAGUGUGAAGAUAUUAUUAGGAGCUAAGGCCAACACUUUUACAGAGUGUAAUGGAUGGACAAUAUCCCAAGAAGCUGUUAGUAGUGGUGACUUGGAAAUUUUAACAUCCAUCAUUUCCUUUCGUGAUUUAUGGAGACAAAAAAAUCGCUCACUGCAAGUUCCCGAAUUACUUACAAAAUUGAAGCUUACACCUGAUUUCUAUCUUGAAAUGAAUUGGCAAUUUUCGUCGUGGAUUCCUUUAAUGUCAAAAGUUUGCCCAAGUGAUACAUACAAGGUAUACAAAAAAGGGUCGAAUGUUCGCAUUGACACAACUCUUAUUGGAUUCGAUCAAACGUCAUGGCAGAGAGGAAAUCGCAGCUAUUUAUUUAAAGGAUCUAAUGAUGAAGCUCACUUUUAUGAGAUUGAUCACGAUACAAAAGAGUAUUCUAUGGAAGUGAUGAAAGAUAUAGAUGUAGAAUUAUUUACAAAUGGAAUUCCACCAAGCAAAGAUUCAAUUCAAGUGCGUCUUCAAACUCCAAUUAUCAGUAAUUCGAUUGACAUUGAGAAGAUAAGCUUUGAAAGGAACAAAUCUGGAUGGUUUGCGUGGAAGAAUGAAAAGAAUGAGAAUAUUAAUGGCUACGAUUGUAGAGUAUAUAAUGCAUCUAAUGUUGAAUUUAUAACUCGUACAAGAACAGAGCAUUUGGCUGAAAAUCAAAGCCAUUCGAGAAAUGCACGAACACCAUUGCAACAUUUUCUUGGAAUGGCUGAUGAUGAAAAUCAAGGUAGUAGUCCAACAAAUUCAUCAUCUCCAAUAGCUGAAAAUGCUAUAGGCAUGAACGAAGCAUGUGGCGGUUCUUUGUCACCCAUUGUUGAAAAGUGUCUCGAAUCAGUGACAGUUGAAGAAUAUUUCUCUGGUGAUGAUCUCAAUGGACGUGAUAUUGGAAAGCCAAAGAAAGUUCAGACAAAAGUUCAAAGAUUUAAGGCCAAUUUGUGGUUGUCUGACGAAUUUCCUAUCAAAUUACAGGAACAAAUUCUUCCAAUUUUGGAUUUAAUGAGUACUUUGGCAUCACCUCAUAUAUCAAAGCUUAAGGAUUUCAUUACAAUGCAGCUUCCAAGUGGUUUUCCAGUUAAAAUUGAAAUUCCAUUAUUUCAUGUCCUAAAUGCUCUCAUUACAUUCGGUAAUGUCUUUGCUCUUGAUAAUCCAGUUCCGUUUGUUUCAAACUUACGAGAAUCGGACGAUCGUUUGACAUGUGUAGUGGAUGAAGCUUGCUUUGAAGUUCCUCAAAAUUACACGAAUAGAGCAAUUGAUUAUAGUCAUCAAGGCUUGGGCUUCGAAGAUGAGGAUGAAUUGUUAGAAUUCGCAAUAAGACAAAGUCUUAUGGAAGCUGGAAGUGAAAAUGAAGAGGUCGAUAUAUGGGAAGCACUUAAAUGUCAGCGUCCAGUAACUCCAAAUUACGGAUCUGGAUUCUAUGCGAUGGACGAAGAGACACGUGAACUACAACGUAAAAGCAACGAAACACGACGUCAUUCACUUGGUGUUGUUAAUUUUCCUAGAGUAUCCUCGCCUUUCAAAAGAUUCUUCAAAUAACAUGCCAUUAUGCUACAAACUUAAAAAAAAUUCGAAUUAUACAUCACAUUCUGUGCUUUUGUACUACGCCACAUUAUUUAUUUGACGAAAAAGCAAUUACCUCUUUAUAGCUUAUAUGAUGAAAAUUAUUAUCGCUAGUUUAUGUCCACCAAUUUCCAUAUCACUUGUAUCAUUUACUAUAGGGCUCUUCAAGAAUCACUUUUGUACUCCUGUCCGACACGAAGUUCACCAGAUCAAGAAGAUAAUUCACAGAGUGAGAGUAUAGAUGAAAAUAUGGAAUUAGCGUUAAGAUUAUCGAGAGCUGAGAAACUUAAAGAAAAUGAGCUGAUGAUGGAAGAGAACCGAAUGAUUGAACUUGCCAUUAAAUUAUCACUUGAAGAAAGUUAACUAAACUAAGUAUGAAUUCAACAUCUUUUUAUGAUUAAUGCUAAUAAUUCCGAAUAUUUCGAUUAUUACUUACUUACUUUAAAUACAUAAAUAUAUAUAAAUACUUAUUACAUGAUAUAUGUAUUAUGCAAGAAAAUUCUAAAUUUUUAAUGUGAAAUGAAAAUCUUUAUAAAAAUGAAGAAAAUAAAACAUUUUUCAUUUCCUUCAA